CGCGCCGCGGCGGGGCGGCGCCUGGCGCCCCCGUGGCCGCGGAACCCCGCGGCGGCGUGGGCGCCUUCCGCGCCGGCUGCGUCGUCGACGGCCCAGGCUGGCGCGCGCAGCUUCGCGGAGAAGGCGCGCAAGUCGGUCUACCGCCCUUUCGAGUCCAUCAAGCCGGCUCACAAGCAGGCGAAGGAGAACAGCCCCGAGAUUCUCAUGCAGGCCCAGAUGUACACCCCCGAGGCGCUGCAGUCGGAGGCCCUGGUGCGGAACUGCUUCCGCAUGGUGGCCUACGGCCUUGCCUCCCCGGACCUGCUGGACCGCUACGGCGCGCGCGCGGCGGAGUUGUCGGCGGGCAUGAAGCCGUCGCAGUUCAGCGUGCUCCUGAACUCCUUCGCCCGCGCGGAGCAUCGGCACGAGCAGAUGCUGCGCAGCUUCACGCGGCGGAUGCCCCCGAGGCUGCCCCGCUUCGUGCCCAAGGACAUCUCGCAGGUGUGCCACGCCUACUCCAAGCUCCGCGAGCGCGACGAGGCUCACAGAUCAGCCCCGACGAUCUCCAGGAAGUUGAACGCUUGGAAGGAGCUAGAGCACCACCAGCACCUGCAGCCAGACUUCCGCCGUCACAGCAGCUCCCAAGCAGGCGUCGCCGCCGCCCUGCACGGCGGGGCCUGCGAGCACGGCGACGUGGACUUGGCGGAGCUGUACCGGCUGGGCGAGUGCCUCUGCCGCGGCUCCGGGCAGACAACUUUCGGGGGGCGAGGCACUGGAAAAGGCAAAGGAAAGGAGUUCCAGCAGAUGACAAAGCAGUUCCGCGCCUUUAUAGCACGCAUUGUUCCCAUCACAUGGGCGGAGAGUUGCUCCAUGCCCUGGGCCGCUGUAUACGAAGAGCCACCGACCGAGCCAACGGCAGUCAAAGAGUUCAAGACCAGGAUAUACAAACGCAUGGACAGCCUAGCCUCACUCGCCACUGCUGCUCGUGAGGCGGACAAAGCCAACGAUGGUAUCAUAGCGGAGUUAGCAUGCCUCAAGUUCAUGGUACAGAGCACGGAUAAGAUGACAUUCAAGUUGACGGUGAAUGGAUUGGAGUUGGAGUGCCACUUCAGCGUGUUCCAGUCGCACACCAUCAAGGGCAUGGUCAGCACAUGCCACAUGGGCCUGGGCCAGGCAUGGGCGCUGCGGCCGCGGCACAGCCAGCGCCGGCUGCUCCUCCAGGGCAUACCUCCCACCCAGCCGUUCAUGCCGUUCACAGCGGAGGAGGACCCAGCGUUGCAAGGGCCGCCGAGCGUGACCGACCUAAAAGGCAAGACAGUCAUAGAUGUGAAGGAGAGCCAGUCGUCCCAGAUGACCCCCAGCCAGGUAGCCGAGGCAGUCCGUGCAAUCGAGAAGGCGCACCGCGCCACGGGCUCAGAGCCUGCAAGCCAUGCAGCCUCUUCGGCGGCUGGGGGCGUUUCCAAUGGGCAGGCGAUGGCCGCCCCGCUGGGCCCCGACACUGCCAGCCCGCCUCGCAAGCAAGCGAGGGGCACUGCGUAG